AUGGCAGCCAAAAAUGGGAAAAGCCCAGGUGUAGAUUGUAUUCAGGCAGAAUUAUGCAAAAAUUAUGCAGUUAUUUUGACUUUAACUGAAUUGUUUAAUAUUUGUUUUAAAUUUGGCAAAGUUCCAAAUAUGUGGAACAAAGGUAUUAUUACUCCUAUACCUAAAUGUUCAACUACAGAUCCUAGAGAUCCAUUAUCAUAUAGAGGAAAACUGGGUGUUAGUACAAAAUUUUUGUAUGCUUUAAAGGCUAUUUAUUCUAAUGUAGAAUGCAGUGUCAGAUUAAAUGGUAACAUGACUGAAUGGUUCAAUGUAAAUACUGGUUUAAAACAAGGCUUUGUAUUGUCAACAGUAAUGUUUAAUAUAUUUAUAAAUGAUUUAAUUGAUGAUAUAAAGUUGUUAGACAUUGGUAUUAAUAUUGAUGGUGAAAAAUUAUCUAUCUUGCUGUAUGCCGAUGACAUAGUUUUAUUAGCAGAAAAUGCUGAGGAUUUACAAAAAAUAUUAGAUGUUUUAAAUGUAUGGUGUAAUCAUAAUAGUUUAAAAGUAAAUUUGAGAAAAUCAAAUGUUAUACAUUUUAGAAAUCCUUCUGUAGCCAGAUCAGAUUUUCAUUUUAGUUUAAAUGAUGAAAAUAUUGAGUAUACUUCAAAUUACCAAUACUUAGGUUUAUUGUUAACAGAGUUUUUAGACUACCAAUUAAUGGCAAAAGCUGUAGCCAGGUCAGCAAGUAGGGCAUUAGGUUUACUUAUUGUUAAAUGUAAAGCACAUGGUGGUUUUCAGCACAAUAUCUACACAAAGCUAUUUGAUACGAUGGUUUGUUAUAGUAUAUCUCAGUUAGAAGAGAAAAUGUUUGAUAAAUAUAAUCAGACUGGUGUACCAGAAUUUUUUCAUAUAGUAUCGGUUGUAAAUUGA